ACAUAGAUAGGAACACAAUGACCGUCUGAGAUAAGGUACAGCUCGUACGUAUAGUAUACUUAACUUAAUAUAUGUUGUAUCAUGUAACUAUACUUUGUGUUCUGUUCUCUCAUAAAUAGCCUCCUACCAGCAUUCAAGAAUAUAUUUGGCCCCAACCCCAGUCUACCUCCUCUCGCUAUUAUAUCAUUCACUCAUUUUCAGCUUCAGUUUUCUUUUGCUCUCAAGUCCAUAUUCAAUAUCACUUGCUAUUUCAAAACAGCGCGGAGUAAAAUGGAACAACAGCAAGCGGGUAGUUCUUCUUCUAACCCAACAACAUUACCUACACCUAGUACUGAUAGGAGUCCCUCGAGAGAUGAUAUAGGAGGCUCCCAACAUUCACGUCGGGUAGAACCUACAAACCCUCUCGCGUCGCCGUCAGUCUCACGCCCGGCAUCUAGUGAGAGCUCUGGUGUUAUUACUAGGCGACCAGCUGCGCCACGGUAUUUUCACUCGCGAAGGAUUAAAAAAGGAGAAGAAGUAGAGAAGCCCUGGCUCAAAAAAAGGGACCACAGGGAGAAAUGGGUCACUAUUCUUCCUAUUACGGGGUUCUUAGUGGGUUUGGGCAUAUCUGCUUUUCUGGUAUGGGACGGGCUACGAUCCGUCGCCAAGCAUAAUUACUGCUUAGUACUUGAAGAUAAUUUCGCGAACUUCAACGAUAACGUAUGGACAAAAGAGGUCCAGGUCGGUGGCUUUGGCAACGGCGAAUUCGAACAGACUACCGGAGAUGAUGAGAAUGUCUAUGUAAACAGUGGUCAUCUCUUCAUCAAGCCGACCCUUCAAGAUGCAAACCUAAUCAACAAAGAUUCUCUAAUCAACCUCUUGGAAGAUGGAACCUGUACUUCCAAGAAGCCAUCUGAUUGCAUAGCUGCGACUAAUACCACUGCCGGGAAUGCAACCAUCGUCCCUCCUGUUAAAUCUGGCCGUAUUCAUACCAAGAAAGGCGCAACAAUCAAAUACGGCCGCGUCGAAGUUACCGCUAAACUUCCCCAGGGAGAUUGGCUCUGGCCGGCCAUCUGGAUGAUGCCCGUUAACGAUACAUACGGGCCUUGGCCAGCCAGCGGCGAGAUCGAUAUUAUGGAGAGCCGGGGGAACAACUGGACAUACGCUCAAGGCGGCAAUGAUAUCGUGUCGUCGGCUCUGCACUGGGGGCCAGAUCCUAACAACGACGCGUGGUGGAAGACUAACGUAAAGCGCAAGGCUUUGCAUACAACAUACUCUUCCGGUUUCAAUACUUUCGGCGUCGAGUGGUCCCAGAAAUACCUCUUCACCUAUGUCAACUCCCGCCUCCUGCAGGUCCUCUACACCAACUUUGAUGAACCGCUCUGGACACGUGGUGGUUUCCCUGAGGCCUCCAGCAACGGUUCACGUCUAGUGGAUACCUGGUCGCGCACGGGACGUUUCAGCACCCCUUUUGACCAGAAAUUCUACCUGAUAUUGAACGUUGCCGUUGGUGGCACUAACGGUUGGUUCGAGGAUGCACAGAGCGGUAAGCCGUGGAUUGACAACAAUCCCAACACCAAGAAGGACUUUUGGAACGCGCAGAAUUCGUGGUUACCAACUUGGAUCAGUCCGGCAAUGGAAGUAAGCAAGGUUAUCAUGUGGCAACAGUGCGACGGGAAUGAGGAGUUGUAAUUGGGUAAAUCUCCGUAGUUGUUCAGGUUUCUAAGUAGGAGAGGGCUUGGAAAGAUAAGCACACCCGACAUUUCUUAGCCUUACAGAUACAUUAUAAUAUUCAUAAUAUUCAUGUAGCGACGACCUCGAUGUCACAAAGCAUUAGAUUAGUCUACUAAAGUUUUUAAUGACGACUUUGCGAUUACAGA